AGGUCAUGCUCUUUUUUUGCCAUCUUUGGUGAGGGCAAACGCUAAUUAAAAGGGGUGGAGUCACAUAUAUUUUGAGCUGACCGUUUACGGCACGAUGAUAGGUGAGGAUUUCCUCAAAUUAAUUAUGUAUCUUUUUUCUGCCCUUCAAAGUGAAGACUAAAAACUUGGAGAAGCACAGUUUUUCUUUCCUUGGCUAGAGUAGUAACAAUACUUUUAGAAUGGGCUUACCUGCACAGGUAUCAGCCCGAUACCAGUAUUCAGAACCUAUCUUUGGAGUAAUGACCCCUGGAAUUAUCCAAGAUACUUUGCUUCACAUGGCUGUAGAGAAUGAGCGGUAUUUGAGUGAACUGUGUGGUGAGGCAGGCUGUUUCAAAGACACACGGAUAGUAGAAUUUGUUUUUCUUUUAGCUGGGAAGUGGAACCUAACUGAAUCAGCCACAUAUCAAGCAAUAGAAAUAUUUGAAAGGUAUAUGCUCAAACGUUUAGAAGAGUUCUCUAAUUUGACUCUAGGAAAGGAAGAAGACAGCAAUUGGGCCUCGCUGAAAGUACAAAUAGAAGACACAUAUAUGUUGCGUUUAGUCUCUUGCAUUCAGCUUGCCAGCAAGCUUUCUUUCCAUUACAAAAUCGUUAAUAACAAAAUGGUUCUGAAGUUUCUGAAGUCUUUAGGUUUCUCGUACACUACAGAAGAAUUAUUAGAAUCAGAACUAGCUAUUUUGAAGGCUUUGCACUUUCAAGUCAAUGUUCCAGUUCCACUUGCCUAUGUUGAAGUUCUCCUAGAAGUUUUAGGAUACAAUGGCUAUUUACUUCCCACAAAAGAGCUGCAUGAAAUGUGCAAACAUUUAUUGAGUUUAUCAUAUCUGUUGCGGAACAAUAUUUAUGAUACCUUGCUGAAGUCUUCAAUAGAAAACUCGUCACCAAGUGAACUUCAACUAGCAAAAUUUGCAUCUGUAAAGGAAGACCUCAUGCUACUAGCUGUAGGAGUAAUUGGUGCAAGUUCUUUCCUGCUAAACCAUGAAGACUGGAAUCAGGUUGUGGACUACCUCAAUAGCACCACAGGCAUCAGUCUGCAGAGCAUUACUGAGGCAGUCUAUGCAAUUCUGAAGCACAGUCUAGGUAAUAUUGUGAAUGGUUGUUAGAAACCCUUCAUUUUUCUGAAGUUGAAGAACCUGCUUAUCAAGAAAUGUACUAUAGUAUUUGACAUAGGCAUGGGAUUGUAAGCAGAUAACUACUAAAAAGGCACUGCACAUCCUCAUAAACUUCAAUAGUUUAAUGGAUAUCACACAGUUUUUGUUAUCUUAAUCUUUUAAGAGGGAAGAUUUAAAGAAAGGUAUUUUGUCCGUGGCUAGGGCAUCAAAACCAUUUACAGCAGUCUUGCAUAACCAUUACAACACAAAUAAUUAUAGCAAGUUUAAGACAAAUAUUAGAUGUAUGGAUUAUGAUGAUAAAUAUUACAUGUAAAAGCAGAAGCUUUAGCAUAAACAAGUAAAUGUAUCUGACAAAAAAAUACAUUAAUGUGUUCCUCUCUCUAGAACUGAUAAACUGUUCUGAAAAAAAAGUGUAUUUAUUUUGUAUUUCUAGUUUAGUGCAAUAAUGAAGCUGCAAUAACCUCCUAACCAAG